AUGAGUGUCCAAUAUAAAUAUUAUCCAACUAAGAAAGCAACUAUAAUAUCAGCUCCAUUUUCUGGUGGUCAACCAAAGGGAGGUGUUGAAUUAGGACCUGAAUUCAUCUUAAAGUCAGGAUUUGAAAAACAAAUUAACGAUUUAGGUUGGGAGACCAAAUUAGACUUCCCAUUAGAUGGUACUGAUUUUGAAAAUGCUAAGACUGAUGAUAAAGAUUCAUUUGGUGUUAAAAAUACUGCUAUUGUUAAUGAUUGUAAUAAAAGAAUCUCAUCAGCUGUUUUAAACAGUUUGAAAGAUGGAAGGUUACCUGUUACUGUCGGUGGAGAUCAUUCAAUUGGUACUGGUACUUUGUUAGCUGCUUUACAACACAAUCCUGAUACUUGUAUAUUAUGGAUUGAUGCACAUGCUGAUAUCAAUAGUCCAAAAACUUCUGAUUCUGGUAAUUUACAUGGAUGUCCAGUAUCAUUCUUGAUGGGAAUUGAUAAAGAAAGUUAUCCACCAGAAUUCGAUUGGAUUCCAUCAGGCAUUUUAAAAUCAAACAGAAUCGCAUACAUCGGUUUAAGAGAUGUUGAUGAUGGUGAAAAGAAAAUAUUAAGAGAAAACAAUAUUCCAGCAUUUUCUAUGUAUCAUAUUGAUAAGUACGGUAUUGGAAAAGUCGUAGACAUGGCUUUAGAUAAAAUCAAUCCUGAUAGAAACUUACCUAUUCAUGUAAGUUAUGACGUUGAUGCUAUAGAUCCUUCGUUCGUUCCUGCUACUGGUACUAGAGUCGAAGGUGGUUUAACUUUGAGAGAAGGUUUAUUCAUCGUUGAAGAAAUUGCCCAAACCGGUUUAUUAAACUCUUUGGAUAUUGUUGAAACUAAUCCCUCUUUAGCUGAACAUGAUGGUCACAUUUUGGAUACUGUCAGUGCUGCUUGUGCUAUUGGAAGAUGUGCCUUAGGUCAAACUUUAUUAUGA